CGCGCUCCUAGGCCAGUUGAUGGUGAUGUAUAUAAUUGUAGUUUUUGAUAGAAGAAAAACGCAGAUCAAUGGUUGUUUAAUGUUCAAACCCUGUGUUCGGGAUAUUUAAACCAUUUGAUUUAAAGAAAAAUCAGUCUAAAGAUGAGACUUUUGGUGGCAGUUACUAGCAUCCUGUGUUUAUCCUUCGUUAGAGCCGACACGCCCGAUGAAGAGGUACCAAUCGAAAAACCGCCAAUUAUCAACCAAGAGAUUCCGCCCUCACAAAUAGUUAGCAGAAACGAAGGUAACAUUGUCAUCAUAGAUGACCCACCACCACCACCACCACCACCGCCACCUCCUAGACUGUUUCCAGCCGUAGACUCGAACUCGAUACUGGAUACAAUUUCAUCAGAGCAACUAGGUGUUGAUGCUGAGAAUUUCGAUAAGUUCCUUAAUGAUGUGAUUGAAAGAGUCAAAGUAGAAAAAAUGGAAGAAGAUGCAAAGAGAACCACAAAUUCUUUACCAGAUAUGACAGAAAUUGGUACAACCAAUAACAAUAUUGAAAAUGGUUUUCAAUCAGAUUCUCUAGAUAGUAUUUUAAAUGAGACACAGCUCCAAUUUGAUCAGUUUAGCCAAGCACAGUUCGAAAACUCUGUUAAUCAAAACAAACCUGAUCCUAUUCUUGAAAACCUUGGACCUAGAAGUGAACAGUCUAUUUCGAACACACCUAGUGUUCCUAGUGAUUUGAAUACAGGACCUAUUAAUGGACCAAUCACUGCAUUUCCAGACUUGUCUACUAAUGAUAAUUUUGAGAGUGAUGAUGCAAAACGAUUAGUGCAAUUGAUAGAGGAAAGAAGGGAACUUCUUCGACAGCUUAGAGAACAAGAUCAAAUUGUAAGUAAUGCUAGAAGCGCCCCUUUUCGCACAACACAGCGUCUUUCCGAUGAUUUCGACGACUUUGGAAUUUUGAGAGAGAGUAUCCGGCCAGGAAUGACGCCUUUAGUUGGUAACAGUAUAGGCGUUCCUGUUAACAUUGUAACUGACUCGGAAAGCCAAAGAAAUAAUCGCCAAACUGAUCUUCUAGCAGAUGCUGGUCUUGUUAAUGCCCCAGCUACCAUUCGACAAAGAUUUCGAGAUGCCGAUGCCGGAAAUCCGAAUGUUCCGUCAGGAGUUUUAGGUUUUGGUACAGGAAAAGUACUUUCCCCAGAUUCAUUUGAUAAUAAUUUCGGACUCAGUUCAGAUGAUGAUGAUGAUUUCAUUCAACGUCGGAAUGCUCUUUUAGCCCAAAGGCAACUUUUACAAGAGCAGCUCGCCAGAGUAAGUGGGCAAAUCUUACCUACUUUAAAUACAGCUUUACCGCUUAGUGUAACUUCAAAUCUGAAUUCAGUCCUUUCACCUGGCAGUAUACGCAAAGAAGAUUUAGACGAUAGUUUUCAAACAACUGGAGUAAAUCUGAAUAGAGGCGGCGAUGAUUUUGAGCCGCCUGGAAGCAGAUCUCAGCAGACAUCUUUACGAAAUAUACCCGGGGUAUUUCCCCCCGACUUUGGCCUUGCUAAUGUACUAGCUAGUCGCAACAGAAAUUCUUUUUCACCUUCACCUAUUCCAACAUUAAGACGACCCCAACAGCAAGAUAUUCUCUCAGGCUUUAGCGAUAAUUCAGUUUUUAGAUCUCCAAAUAGCAGGGUUCCAUCGAGGGAUUUCCUUCUACACCAGUUUCAGAGAGGUUCAAAUGUACUUGCACUGUCUAGUGACCUUGAUGACGGAAGUGCAAUACGAGGAACAAACCUACCUAGAUUCCCUUCCCCACUUAGUAGUAUAAGACAAGGUUCUGGUAUUGAUCUCCUGCAACAAAGAAGAAACAAUUUUGGAAUCCCGGGAGUUUCGGCACCUUGGAGACCUUCCGACGAUGACGAGCCUAUGGUACAAACUAGAGGAUCCCAGUUCAGAGGUUUUGCUAGUUCAUUAAAUAAUUUGAGACCGAGUCGAGAAAUUCCAGGUUUCCAAAAUAUUCCUCAACGAGUUCCAGGAGUUUUAUCUUCAUUGGACAACGAUAGAUCGAACGUCCUAAAUAGAAACAGAAACAAUCCAUUUUCCAUACCCGGAAUUCUGCCUUCUUUCGGUGUUUCGGCUUCAGAUGACGACUCUUCUCCAGUUGAUGGUCGAGGCAAUAUGCCGGGGUUCUCGGGAUUUUCGUCAUCCUUAAACAAUAUGAGACGGCCUGGUGUCCUAAGCCCAGGUUCACUUCAAGGCUUACCCUUAACAGAUGACGACUCUUCUUCCGGUGAUGUUCGAAGCAAUAUUCGUGGUACUUCAGGAUUCUCGACAUCUCUAAACAAUAUAAGACCAGCUGGUUUUGUAAACCCAGCUGCAUCUCUACGCUCACCUUGGACAGGACCUCUCAGGGCAUUGGACCGACCCCCAAUUCCUCUCCCACCUUCUAACAUUCUAGAUGAUGAUGAUAGUAGUACAAUACAAAACUUACAAACAGACGGUGGGCGCAUUUCUCAACGAGCUGGGGAUUUUCCUGAGUUUAACAGACAAGUUGAGCAACUCCUACAAGGUGCAUCAGGAAUUGCCUCAUUUUCACGGGGAAGUUUUAACGACGAUGAUAACUUUCAAAGUCCAUUUUCUAGAGGACGGUUUUUUCCAAACUUUCGAAACGUUAAUACAUUUCAAUCUUUUAGACAGCCUCGCGGAUCAUUCCUUUUGAGACAAAGAGGCAUAUUCUAAACUUCCUAUUUGAUUUUCAUCCUGGUGAAAAAGUUUUUGUUGGGUUUGCUUGGCAUUUGGUAAAUAAACUUUUUUUGUGUAAAUGUGCAUAUUACAUAACUAUGAACAAUUAUGUAUUGUAUAGUUUUAUUUGCAAUUUGUCCAAACGCUUCCAUGGUUUUUUUCAAGGAAGAGAAAUAGCUAACUACUGUCACUAAGUCAAACAUAUUUUGCUAUGGUAAGGAAAAAUGUACUGACAUGUUUCUUCUUUUCACAAGAAUGAAAACCAUUUUCAACAUUCCUAUUAUCUAAAUUAAAAAAAAAAAACAAACAAACAAAAAAUGUUAAUUAAUGUCAUGAAUUCCAACUUUACAAAAGAAAGGUAGUUUGUUUUUGGGUUUUUUUUUUUU